AUGUUUCCAAGACUGAUUUUCACUGCGUUCUGCCUCUCCCUCCUCACUCAGAUGAACAUUCAAGCUUUUAAAGUCAUUUCUACAUCAUCUAAUACCCACCAAAACAUCACCAGGGCAGCUAUUUUACAGAAAUCAGCAGACGUGUGCAGGGACCUCAUUCUGCAACAGGGUAGAAACUUCGUUCAGCCAGACCCGCUGACCGCAGAGUCUCUGGCAGAAGCUUGCCGCUCCCCUGCCUCAGCCUCCAUCCUACAGUUCAUCAUUAGUUAUGUCAGCACAAGGAAUGCCUACGUGGACGGCAGGCAUGUGUUCAAUCCACAAUACCAUUUUGAUGACGAGAGCUUUGAACAAGCACGAAACCUGAUCACGCAGGGAGUCUCUGAUGUGAAGACCAGCCUCAAACAGAAGAACUACUGGUACUCAAGACAGAGGUUGGGUGAGACCCUGCACACCUUACAGGAUUUCUACAGUCACAGUAACUGGAUUGAACUGGGAAACCGGUCUCCGUACUCCACCCUCAUCAAGCCAAGUCUGCCUCUGGACAACCUUGCAGACGUGAACACCCCGACGUGCAGCAGCUGUGACGACAACUGCACGGGCAACAUUCUGGAGACGAUCAUCACCCAGAAGAAACUGACUUCUGGAUAUUUCAGCCUGCUAAGCCCUAACAAACCCAAAGGGAAGUGCAGCCAUGGAGGACUGGUUGACCUGACGAGCUUGGUGACACCCAAAGGCGGCAUCAACAAGGAUGGCAUCACGACCGCUCACGGCAGCCUCCACUUUGUGGCAGCAGAUGUGGCCACAGCAGCCACCAGGGAUCUUCUGCAGGACAUCAGAGAAGCAACAGGAAACGUUGAAUUCCUCAGACUGAUGGGAAUCUUCCAGUCGUCCUCCGUCCUCUGUUUCGUGGUGGACACCUCAGCCAGUAUGACAGAGGAAAUCGCUGAAGUCAAGCGUAUCACUUCCUACAUCAUAGACAGUAGGCAAGGCACCGUGGAUGAACCUUCCGCCUACGUCCUGGUCCCAUUCAAUGACCCAGGUUUCGGGCCAGUGUAUAAAACAACAGACCCGGAUGAGUUUAAAACUGAAGUCAAUGCUCUUUCUGCCGGCGGAGGAGGAGCAGAUGAUCCUGAAAUGAGUCUGUCUGGACUUUGGCUCGCUCUGGCAGCUGCUCCUGUGGCGUCUGAGGUCUUUCUUUUCACCGAUGCAGAACCCAAAGACACUGAGAUGAAAAUUACAGUUCUGGCACUGAUCGAGAGCACAAAGUCCACGGUGAAUUUUGUGCUGACCAAUCCUCUGACCAACACGACUCGCAGCCUCUCCAACCCAGUGAACCGGGCGUAUGAGGAUUUAGCGGUGGCCUCAGGUGGACUGGCCAUCGAGAUCCCCAAUCAACUGUUAGCUAACGCUACUAGCGCCAUUAAUGACACCUCCAUCUCUUCUCUGGUGACUAUACUUCAGGCAGUGAGGAACCCGGGGACAGCCGAACCUUUCUACUUUCUGGUGGACUCCUCUGUGAGAAACCUGAUGGUCUACAUAACUGGAAAUUCAACACAGUUCACCAUCACUGCUCCCUCUGGUCAGUCUCAGUCGAGUGGUCAGUCAGACGGUUCUCUGGCUGUGAUCCAGAGUGUGGUGAACUUCCACAUGGUGCAAGUCAAAAACUCCAGCCAACCAGGAUGGUGGUCCAUCUACAUGAACACAACUCAACCGUACACACUCAAAGUCAUGGGUAAAAGUUCAAUAAACUUCCAGUUUGACUUUGUGGAGGUUUACCAGGUGCCUCACCCCGGCUACACUGUGUUUAAAAGCAGGCCUCGAUCAAAUGGAAACGUGACUCUACUGCUGUCUAUGCUUGGCUCGGGGUCAGAGGUGCCUACAGUAGUGCUCCUGGUUGAAGCCUCAGGCUCCGGGUUCCACAGAGGCCUUCUGGAGGACGUGGGGAAUGGAGACUACCUGGUGACGGUGACCACAGUGCCGAAGGGGGAGUUUUUUGUCUUCGUCAUUGGUCAGACCAACUCUUCCUCCACCUCAGACUAUAAUUUUUUCCAGAGACAGUCGUCCACCCAGCACAGAGCUUCCAGUUUCAGUGUCACUGCUGAGAGAAAUGGAACAUGGUUUCCAGGGCAGCUGUUCAGCAUCCCUUUCACCGUGGCAACAAGCAACAGCUACAGUAACUACACCGUCACUGCCCGGAACAGUGGUCAGUACAACAUGACGUUCCCCAGCUCUCUGACAACAGGUAGUGAUGGUAGGGCUAACGGCGUGGUGGAGCUCAGCACCCCAGGUAACGCUACAGCCGGCACUGAGGUCAUCCUCACCAUCGAGGUGACAAAGCCGGAGACAAACGACACCAACUACGCUUUCCUGAGGCUCGCCGUGUCCAGGGCAGUGGCGCCCCCUGCUGGCCUGGCUCUCAGUCUGUGGCUUAGUGCAGGAACUCUCCUCAUCGGUCUCGUAAUCAAUAAGUAG